GCGGCGGUUGGUUGUUCGUCCACCCACCCACCCGGCGUUCGGCGGCGGCGAUGUUCGGCGAUGAGUCCGCCUGAAGGAUGGAGACGCUGAGAGUGAAGGACCGUAUCCUGGAGAACAUCUCGCUGUCGGUGAAGCAGCUCCAGGGUUACUUUGCUGCCUGUGAAGAUGAUACACCAGCAAUUCGAAACCACGACAAGGUUCUACAAAGGCUUUGCGAGCACCUGGACCAUGCCCUGCUCUAUGGUUUGCAGGAUAUCUCCUCUGGAUAUUGGGUGUUGGUUGUGCACUUUACACGAAGCGAGGCGGUGAAGCAGAUUGAGGUGUUGCAGCAUGUUGCCACAAAUCUUGGUCAUAGUCGAGCCUGGUUGUACCUCGCAUUAAAUGAGAACUCAUUGGAGAGCUACUUAAGGUUAUUCUGGGAAAAUCGUGCCCUGCUUCAUAAGUAUUACUUCAAGAAUGCCCUGGUCUGUAGUCAUGAUCACCUCGCCCUCUUCCUCACGCUUGUUUCUGGCCUGGAAUUCAUCCGGUUUGAGUUGGAGCUGGAUGUUCCCUACCUUGACCUGGCACCGUAUAUGCCCGAAUAUUACAAGCCACAGCACUUGCUAGAUUUUGAAGAGCGUUUGCCCAAUUCCAUGCACGGUUCCGACAGCCUCUCACUCAAUUCCUACAACUCUGCCACCUCCACUAAUCUGGAAUGGGACGACAGUGCCAUUGCUCCUUCCAGUGAGGUGCGUUGGGGACUCGGCAUUCAUGCAGGGCCUCUCGCAGAUUAUGAUUUUGGCGAUGUGUUUUCUGCAGCACAGUCCAUACCCAGUACAGACUGGGAAGAGGGUGAAUUGACAGACACGGUCAGCAGCUGCCCUCGGUCAGGAACCUCGGACAGUCUGCCGCUAAAUAACAAGCCGCACACGAGGAGCCCGACCUUGCGCUACAACCCUUUCAACAGCGAGAAGUCAGAAUCUCCGCACACACCAGAAGGGAACACAGUGCAAAGCACUGAUUCCAAGGCAGACGAGAACACAUCAGAUGUUCAGGAAUCCAGCGAGAAUGCCACAGAGCUUGAAGUCAUCAGAUUGGCAAAGAAGAAGAGAACGCCUAAGAAGAAGAGAUCCAAGUCUGAGGAGCAAAUACUCGAUGUUAAAAUGGCAGAGACACAGCCGCCAGGGGAGGAAGAUGCAAAGGUUGAGGAUGACCGCACGUUGGAAACACAGGACCAGCAAAGCACAAAGUUGGGUGUGGAUGGAGAGGCGAAGAGUCCUGGAGCUGAGGAGGACAGCAGCCCUGAGGGUGUGGUGUUGCUGGUGACUCGACGCGAGUCUGAGGCCGAUGCUGCCCAGCCAGGUUUGCAGAUCCCUCAGAUGAAGGACACCUCCAUGAGCAGCGUGGGGCAUCCAUUGAGCAAGGUGAUGGAGCAGCUCAACGAGACCACUGAUGCCACCAGCGCUUGGAGGUCAGAAGAUGGUCAUCCCGAGCGGCCCUUUCGGACUUGUGUCCCGGGCGAGGCCCCGGAUGAAGGCGACUAUAGUGAACGGCUGCCACCUGCCAUGGACUUCUACAGGUUUGCCCUCGAGAGUCCAAGCGCUGGUGCAGCAGGUAGCUGCAACUAUGACCUUGCAGGGGAUGGCCAACCAGCAAAUGUUCUUGGUGGCCAUGAAACUGUUGCCGCAGAAACGUGCAAAGAAGUCGUCCCCGGCGUUGUAGCGGUGCUGGGGAUCACGGAGGAAGCUGAUGUCCCAGCGAGUCAGAGCACUGAGAAUGCAGAGACUAUUCCACAGCCUGAUAACCCAUCUGAUGAUAUAAAUGCCAAGGAGGAGGAGACUGGUCAGGAACAGUUGGAAGCACCAAUCGAGGCCCCUGCAGAUGCAGUAGAGAAUAAGGCAGUGGAGAGAAAUAGUCCCUCAGAGCUAACCCAUCCAGCUGACUUCAGGGUGGACAAUAAUCUGCUGCUUCUGCUGAUGAUCCAUGUUUUCAGGGAGAAUGAAGAACAGCUCUAUAAGAUGAUGCAGAUGUGGACAGGUCAUAUGGAAGGCAACCUCCAGUUGCUCUAUGUCCUGCUGACCGAUUGUUAUAUCUACCUGUUGCGAAAAGGAGCUGCAGACAAGCCCUAUGCAGUGGAAGAUGCCGUCUCCUACAAUGAGCUUGAUUAUGUUUCGGUGGGGCUGAGCCAACAGACCGUGCAGCUUGUGUGCCUCAACCGCCGGAGGCAGUUCCUGCUGGACACAGCUGAUGAAUCUCUAACUGAGUUUUUCCUCACUGCUUUGAGAUCGGCCAUGAUCAAGGGCUGCAGAGAGCCGCCCUAUCCCAGCAUCCUUAUGGAUGCCACCAUGCAGAAGCUGGCACUGACUAAAUUUGUGGCCCAGGAAUCGAGAUGCGAGGUACCUGAUGUCACCAUCCACCUAUACAGUUUGAUUCACUGGGAAGAUCCCAUGGAUGUCACAGCCGGUCCUCAGAAGAACCUGUACUUAACAAUUGCCAACGCAGUUACUAAAGAAGGAAUCCUACAUUACAAGGCUGGUACCAGCUACCUGGGUUCCCCAAUCUGGAAGCCUUCUUAUGUAGUGCUCAGCAAUGGUGUCCUCUAUCAGUAUCCCGACAGGAUCGAUGUAAUGCCACUCCUGUCUGUGAACCUGGCUGGAGAACAGUGCGGAGGUUGCAGGAGGUCCAGCACGACGGAACGACCCCACACCUUCCAGGUGAUCCUGACGGAGAAGCUGGCUUUGGAGCUGAGCGCUGAGAAUGAGGAUGAGAUGGCCGACUGGAUGCAGCACCUUUGCCAGGCCGUGUCCAAAGGGAUGGUGCCGCAAGGUGUUGCCCACUCUCCGUGCAUCCCCUGCUGCCUGGUUGUGAGUGACAGCAUGAUCCUCACCUGCCACGAGGACUCGCAGACUAACUUCUUCCGGUUACUGGGCAGCGCUGAGCUAACGAGUGUGAGCAGCGUCUCCAUUGCCCCCAGCAGGGAGUACUGUCUGCUGGAGCUGUCUGAUGACCAGAAGACACUGCCCUGGUUCCUGUACUUUAGCUGUGCUGAGGAGUUGCAACGUUUUCUCGCGGCGCUAAAGGGUGCGUGGAGGAAGAUCUACAAGGUUGACCUGCCGCAGAAGCCGCUGCAGGACCCUUGCAUUCGGAACAAAUGCGACGAUGCGGUCACGCUGAUCCGCAGCACGUGGCAGCGGAGCGACAGUCUGUCCCGAGGGCGGGGAGAGCGAGACCCGUGGUGUUGAGGGCGCUGGACGCCUGCUGCACGGUCUGACGACGCUGCACGCAACAACGCACACACCGCUGCAGGAGUGAAGACCACACCCGAGAGUGUGUCGGGAAUGCAACCAGUCCAACUCCACAGGAAACCAACCUCUGAACAAACCCACCCGUGGGCUUGGAGGGAACGCCUCGACCAUGGCGAUAAUUGGAAAAGAUUGAGGAAAUUCUAACUUGCCCACUGAGCUGGCCGACAGGUGUGACACAGCAGGUCUCGAUCAUUUUGGUUUCACCGUUGCACCAUAUUCAAUGAAUAUCCUUCCCCUUCAACCUGUAUUCUUACUGCAUCGAGUGUCUGCUGUGUAAGAAUAUCCAUGACGAGGCGUUUGAGCGAAACUGAUGGAAAAAGUGAAGACCAAGACUGAGGAAGCACAGGGAAAACAAAGUAUAAAGUGCUCCUUUUGUUUUGAUGAAAGACACAUCUGCAUUUGUGGUGUGGUGCCACAUGACUCUGCCAACUGUCAUAGCUGCAACGUUUGGUUUAUUGGGAGCCAGGAGCGAUCUGGAAGAACUGGAUAUUGUCAUCCGAAGCAUGAACCCCCGCAUGGAGAACUUUAGGAGAUAACUUUUAUAGGCAAACUUUUAUUCGUAUAGUUAUUAUUUAGAUUCGACUGCACAUCAGCCACUUUUCUAUGGCACUUAUUCAUGUUUAAUCUCAAAGUUGGUUUGGGUUAUAAAUAACCCCAAUGUCAGCGUCUAUGGUAGCCCCAUUAUGGUGUCUGUCCUUCAGACUCACCUGGAGAGUCAUGCACAAGAGAUUUUGGGACAAUGGGAAUUGUGGGGACUACAAGAGCUGCCUUUGUAUCUUGGUGAUGUAACUACAGUGCAUCCCUUCCCUUCAAACUGCAGGGCGUAACACCUAAUCAUGCCAAUUAAAUGCAAGUCUACGAUCAGACAUUGACAUACUGGGCACACCAACACAGAUUUGUCACUGCGCAUCAUCAGCCUCAGACUGGAAGACAUUUUACUGCACAGUCACUCUCGAGAGAGAGAAAUAAAAAGCCGGAUUUUCCCUUUAUAUGAAAUAUGGUACGU